UGUGAUAUAAUAUUAAUUACAAAACAUAACGAUCGAACUAAAAAUGUAUUAAAUCGAACAAUAAAUCUAUAAUUAUACGUCUUGUAAACACUAAGAAUAAAAGUUAUGUAUCUAUUUAACAGUCAAAAUCUUACGUUUGUGAAUUGGAAGCAAAAAAUGUGGACUUUCAUUUCCAAUUUUGGAUAAGUACCCAGUUUGUUGCAACCAUCGGAAUUUGAAAAAAAAAUUUGAAUCAUGAUGGGCACACUAACUGGGGAUACUUCACGUCGUCGAAUAGCAGCACUGUCAUUUUUAACGAAUAUAUCUCUAGAUGGCACUCAUAAGGAUACUAACAAAUUACUUUUCAUCAAAAACAAUAUGUAUCAUCAUCAAAAGUCUGAAAUGGAGUUUCCGUCACUUCCUGACAUAGGAAUGACAAAUGAAGAGAAUACAUUCAGUGAAAAUGACAUCAUCUUGAAACAAAUGGAUAUUGAAUUUCAUGGUCCUGUAAGAUUGACAAAAACACGGUCAUUAACAUCCACACCAAUAAAAUUAAAUACAAAUGAUAAAAAUAGUAUUGAUAAAUUUUUUGAAUCGGAUUCAGAUAAGAAUUCUGGAAGAAUACCAUUUCGUGAAAGACUUAACACAACUGGAAGUGAUGUAACUAUGGAAUCAAAAAAAAUGGCUGCCUACUAUCGUAAACGCAUGAUUCCUCAAUCUUUAUUAUCUGAUGAUAAAAGUAACAUAAAUUUCAGCAGUUCUGAAAGUCUUGGCUUAGCUUUAUAUAAAAAUAGUACUUUGCUUCAAGAAAAUAGUUCUUCAAAUCAAUCUAUGGAUAUUAGAGUUGUACGUCCAACAUUACAACAUCGAUUCAAAAAUGAACGUUUAGUAUUAGUCACUCCACAGAAAACUCCAUUCCUUGUUUAUUCGCUAAUACCAUUCAAAAGAUCUAACAGAACCAUAAUUGUGCGAUGUGAACAAAAAAAAGAACCAAAUCGUAGAAGACAAACAUCUGGAACUCGCCCUUUAUCUGCUGUUAAUGAUAUAAUUGAUGCGUUUGAUCUUUUUGGAUUAGAAAAAGGCAAAGAUGGACAGGAAAUAUCAUACAGCCAUUUAUUAGUUCCUUCGCGAAUUGUUGAACCCAAGACCCCAAUUGAAGAUAUGAUGUUAGAUACUAUUCAGACAAAAUCGCAUACUUUAAGCAGAUGUAUUUCAGCUGAUGUUCCUGAAAAUGCAGUAAUUGGUUCUGGUACUUACAAAAUGUGCACUGUUCAACCAUCAUCAUCGCCUCCACAAAGUGAUUUGAUAAAAGUUACUAAUACUGAACAAGAUGAAAAUGGAACGGCCUUGUUUUCUCCAAAUAUUCUUGAUGACCCUGAGUUUUUUGCUGGAAAACAUAGAACACUUUUAACAUUCAUAUCUUACAUGACAUCAAUUAUUGAUUAUGUACGUCCAGCCGAUCUUAAAAAAGAAUUGAAUGAUAAAUUUCAAGAUAAAUUUCCACAUAUUGAACUAACAUUAAGUAAACUCAGAAGUAUUAAACGAGAAAUGCGUAAAAUUACAAAACCAGAUGCUACUUCAGAUUUGCUAACUAUAGCACAGGCCUACGUAUUUUUUGAAAGAUUAUUAGUCAAAAGUUUGAUCAAUAAGGAAAAUCGUAAACUAUGUGCUGGAGCAUGUAUUAUUUUGUCUGCAAAGUUAAAUGAUAUGAAGGGUGAACCUUUAACUAAUCUUAUUGAAAGAACUGAAAUAGUAUUUCGUUUGAGCAGAAAAGAUUUAAUGGUUUCCGAGUUUGGAGUAUUAGUAGCCUUAGAGUUUGGCCUCCAUAUACCUAUUCAUGAGAUAAUGCCUCAUUAUCAGCGACUAUUGUCUGAGUCAUGACAUAAAUACUUAGCUCUAGAUAUUUUAGAAUUGAGUGAAAUAGUGGAAUUUAUUAGAAUGAAUAAAUCUAACUACUUUUAAUUAAAUGCUUUGUUUGCAAUACUUUUAUCACUGAUCUGCAUCAUGCAUGUUAUUUAUUUUUAUAGUUAAAUUUGUUAGAUUAACU